UCUUUAUGCAUUUCCCACCAUUUCUUUCAUUUCCCUCUUAUUUUUCAGCAAAAAAAUUCCCAUCAAUUGGUGUGGUAAUCUUCAUCGGCGACAAUGGCAGCUCCUCAAUUUCGAACCAAUUUCCGAUCCCGAUGUUUCUUCGCUUCUCAACGCCAAUGCUUUGAAGACUUUGAACAUUGGAAGAUUGUUGUGCCUAAAAGCACAGAUGAAAGGAUGCCAUCCAUUAAUGUCAAAAAGUUGCUGAGGAGAUCAGUUCUGCAAUUUGUUGGAUUGAGUCCCAUCUUCAUUAGUAUUCGUCCUGUCUUAUCUGCACCAAUGCAUGAGAUGAGAGAACCUGAUAUUAUCCGGACCCUAAAGCUUGAUAGUGGAGUGAGGCUACAAGAUGUUGUUGAAGGGGAAGGACCAGAGGCUCGUGAAGGGGAUAUCGUUGAAAUUAAUUAUGUAUGCCGACGAUCAAAUGGAUAUUUUGUCCACAGUACCGUGGACCAGUUCAGCGGAGAGAGUGCCCCUGUCAUACUUCCUCUGGAUGAUAAACAGGUCAUGGUAUUUGCUAGCUUUGGGCUUAAAAUAGAAAUUCUGAAGAUAAUAGAAGGUCUGAAGGAAGUCCUUAUUGGAAUGAAGCCCGGAGGAAAACGAAGAGCAUUGAUACCACCUUCCGUUGGAUACAUCAGUGAAAACCUAAAACCAGUACCUGAAGAGUUUGGACCAAGGCGUAGCCUUAUGUCUCACAUGAAGGAGCCUCUAAUAUUUGAAGUGCAGCUAUUGAAAGUUUUACCAUGAGUACCAUAUCUAUUAUUAGUGUUAACUAUCUUAUGUAAGUAUUUUAACCAUUUAACUUCCUUUAUUAUGAAAGAAAAUCUUUCCUUGGUGUACCUGUUUGAGGAUUUAGCUUCCAGAAAUUUGGCCAAGCAGGAUUGUUCCAUAA